CCGCCGCCUUGCCUCUGCAUAAUCCAUCGUCCUCUGUCCAUUUAUAUUUCAUUCACUUCAGCCGUAAUUCCACUUUUCACAGUCGCGAUUCCGAGCGCUUCCAAUCAUCCAGCCUUUCGUCUUCCGUCUUCCGUCUACCUGUCCUUCCGCGGCUUUGCGCAUUCGGAAUCUUUCCAACAUCCUCAUCAGGCACCUACGUACCACCGACUCGAGAUUCGCCUUCCGCACCGGCUCGUCCGGUCAAGAUUAUUAGGACACAUGGUCCUUGUUCGUUGAUACCCCCGUCAACUUACCAUCGAUGUCGUUUGAAUGCCGCCCGUCCUCAAUCCUUUCCUGCGGGCCUUCUUCCGGAGCACAAUCCCCAGCCAGUGCUCUCCGGUUCACCACCAUGUCCUGCUAGUACCCACCACCGAAGUCCUCCUCACUUCCCGAGAUCGCGAUACCAAUGCUUCGUAUGCCGACCUGAGCGGGUCGGAGGAGUUUCUGGCCAGCCAUGUUCUUCGAGUACCUGGCGGCGUGGGACCGAACAAUCAUGUAAAGGAUGGAGCCACCUUCCGCGAAAGUCGAGGCAAAGCCAAGCAGUACUCUACUGCGAAUGGGCGAACGGUGAUAAUCAAGGAUGCAUUCGUCUACAGUAAUAAAGGCUUCAAGUCAUUGAACCAAGCGCAAUUACUGAAUGACACCAUCUUCUACCCUGAUGCAUUCGAUGCUCAACCCUGGCUCGUUUACUACAUUUCGCGACCGUUGAUAGGCGCCUAUGAGGCGGCACCAAUUAUACCUGCGUCGUUACCAGUGAAGAAUGGCAAUGGACAACAAGCACAAGCCGCAGCGGGCUCUUCGAUCGGAUCCAGUGCAGCCAUGCCCCGGAAGAAGGAUAUAAAAUCAUUUGGAGACUUGUUGAACCAUUUCCCUAUGAUCGCGAGGCAGAUGCAUCCGGGAUUGGAAAGGCUGUUCAAAGAAUUCGCAAAGGAGCUUGAAAAGCCUUUACCGCCUACGCCAUCUCAGAGUUCCACGAGGUCAUCACUGAGUUCGCGGAGACGUGGAUCGGUCUCUUCUGGAGAAAGCGUACCCCAUUCGCUACACAGCAGCAUGUCGCAAGGCCCCAAUGGAUACAUAUCCGCACUCGAGAUUGGAGAUGAAGAGGACAUGAUGAGAAGGUCCCUGGAGACUGCCGUGACUGCAGCGAUUGACCUUUUCCAGAUGGUUGACAAACAGCAGCUUUCGCUGCUCGGCGCGACGACCGAUUUAACUGGGCCUAUAGUUGAACGUAUGAUCGAGCGAUACAUCACCGAGCAAGUCCACCAUGCAAUACUAUUCCCUAGAGUAUGCUCAAUACGGCGCCACGACGAUAUGGAGCUCGAAAGUCGUAUGCGACAGAUGUUGGAUAUUGAUAUUUCGCAAGUUGGGAUUGACAUCGGCAAUGGACGUCGAGGCAAACAAGAGUUGGCCAUUCGUCUCUCUCGAGCAGUCGAUGUUUUCAAGAAGAUGGGAGUUGCCGGAAGCCCGCAAGAGAUGCUCGAGAUUAUACUCUCCGUCCAAAAACAUAUCACGAUGCCUGACAUGAGUACGGAAGCAGUCGCGAAUAAAAGAGUUGGUUCGAAUGGUGAAGCAUAUUCGGAAAAGCAGGAUCAUCUGCUCACUAUCAACGCGGACACACUCGUGUCUUUACUGCUUAUUGUGGUGAUAAGAUCACCCGUUAGGCAUCUUCAAGCACGACUGUCUUACAUGCGACAUUUCAUCUUUAUUGAUGAUGUUGAAAGCGGUGAAAUGGGCUACGCUCUCAGCACAUUUGAAGCCGUGCUCUCUUAUCUAGCCACAGAUUCCGGUGGGCUGCGCAAGGCAAGCCGGAGAAACAGAAAACUGUGGCAAGCCACGAAGUCUGGAGAUGUGGAAACUAUUCAGGGCGUGCUGGAGCCAGAAAGGUCAUGGCAUGCAGACGAAUUUAUCUAUUCAGAUGACGAAAUCGAAGAAUACCAGGAUCCUCGUCCUGUUCGGUUCGCAGCUAGUCUUACUGAUCUGUCUAGCUUUGAAGGCACGACCGUCAAUGGUGACGAUUAUCCUGAACGAAGCCACCGAGGCUCUUCCCUUCGACAGCACAAGGGAGAGGACGGCCCUCUUGCACACAUUUUCCCAUUCCAGCGAGCUGCCACUCCGCCAUUAGGAAAUCAAGCAAAAGCGAAGAAGAGGGUUUCCAUGGACACACGGAGUAUGUCCAGUUCCUCAGGCUAUUCCUUCAGAUCCCGAACAACGAUCGAUUCUCGUGGAAGCGAGCUCGAAGGCGAUACCUCAAUUGAGAAACUCUCCAAGACCCAAGGCAGCGACGGCGAAUCGGUGUUGAUGAUGGCAAUCGAGAACAAGCAAGACAAGUCUCUGAACUACUUGCUCAAUUUGACAGACUAUUAUCCAUUAGACUUUGUUCUGGAUGAUUGUAAUAACGAAGGAACGACUCUUUUAAGCGCAGCGAUUCAGCACGCUCAUGCUAAGACGACUAACACCCUGCUCAAUUAUAUCCUGACGAACGCCCCCAGCGAUGAAGCGAUAAAAGAGUACUUCAGCAGGCGGGACGCGAAGGGUAGGUGUAUGGCUCACUACUUAUUCAACCAACCACAUCUCAUAGAUCGCAUCGGGCAUCUCGUACCUUGGACGUUGAAGGACAAAAAUGGCCAGACUCCUGUGUUUGCUCUUUGCAGAUCAUACGAUCAUGAUCAAUAUAGAUAUAUGGUGGACAGGGCCUUGUUCGCUUCCACACACGCACAAGGCGACGGCCAACCCUUACACCUUGACGAGCAUAUCGACAACAAAGGCAAUACGCUUUUGCAUAUCAUCAAUGAUCCCCACAUCGCGGUCAAGCUCCUUUACCGAUGCGACUCCGAUGUCAACGCACCAAACGACAAACACUUCACGCCUCUCAUGGUGGCUAGCAAGUAUGGACGAACAGAUCUUGUGCGAGUGCUGUUUCAAGAUGCAAGGGUGGAUCUCUCGGUGAAAGAUGUCCGAGGCCUGACGGCGGUCGAACUUGCAAAGGACGACGAUGUACGCAAUCGCAUAGACGACCUUGUUUUACUUUCGAACGAACCUGGCCCGGACGGACGAACAACUACUGUCGUGCGGUCCUUCUUUGUCGAGGAUGGUAGCAUCCGUCUCGUACUAAAAUCUGGUGCACCCAACGGCAAUUCUACCAUUACCGUGACAACAUGCCGCCGGUCACUGCAAGACUUUGAGAGUCUCGCAAAAUGGCUCGGCCAAGAACAUCCUGCAUCAUGGCUACCUGUGGUCGCAAAUUUGGCUUCUCCGUUUUUAAUCCCAUCAAGGCCCUCACGCUCCAUCCUUCGAGAUAUUCAGCUUCGGCUAGAUGCAUUCCUCAAGAUUUUACUCACACAUCCAACUUUCUCGACGCAUGAGAUGGUGUGGGAGUUUUUCCUUGUUCCAGACAUAGACACCUCGAUGCUGGCGGAGCGGUCGGCGCAGAAGGCCGAGAUCAGGCAAGAGCGAAUCAAGGAGGAGUACACGCCUCUCUACGAUGUUCGUGAGGUGGAGUUGUUUGUCCAACAUGCCCGCGAGCAGGUGCGAUCUGUGCAUCAUGCCACCAAAUCGGUCCUCCGAAGGACGAACAAGAUCCGUUCGGCGGCCGCAGAUCUAGCUGAAGCUUCACGACUCUCUGAUACCGCUAUUCACACUCUCACUUUCCUUCCUGAGAAGCACCUGACAGCGAUGACGCGAUAUACAAAGACUCUCACACAGAGUGAGGCUAGUCCGAUCUCCGGCUUCUACUACAGCAUGCAUGCCAUAUCCGGUGCCAUCAAUGCUAUCUUGGUAGCUUUAAAUCGACCUUCCACACUCAUUUCUUCCAUGUCAGCGACGCAGAAAGCAGUCGAUCGGCAUAACCUGUCCAUCCGUAGGUCAGACCGUUGGCCGCUAGGUCUCCUCGAUGACGCGAGAGGCCGAGUGCAACGGGAUGCACAAGACAAGAUGGAGCGAGCGUCUGAGGAACUGGCCACCCUUGGAAGGGAACUAAGAUACACUCAACAGGUAGUCGCGAGCGAAUUGGCAAGUUGGCAGGAGGGCCGGGUCGGAAUGGGAAAGAAGGCCCUGAAAGACCUAGCAAGGAAGAUGGUGGUCACAGAAAAGGCCAGGCUAGAGAGCAUGAGGCGGGCUGUGAGGGAAUUAGGAAUCUGCCAGCCCGCUCCCAUCGCAGUGCCUGUCGAGUACAGCCCAGUGGAAGACCCUGGCAUCGCCGUCACUGAAUCGGAAGCCAAUCGCAACAGGCCCAAGGAUGUUUCGGACGAGGCUCCGGUUCCAGAAGAGGAACUGACAAACGGUGUUGGCCCAAUUCCCGAGGAGUUUCUCUUGCCAGAAGACGUAGAUGCCGAAGCUCCUGAUCCGGGCCUUCCCAAUCACUCCACAGUGAACUCUGUUGUGUAGUAGCAGAUUAAUUUCUUCUCUUUGAUUAGAUCUCUACACCAUUACAAGGACUUUUCCGGUCUUUUAUGUAUAUAUCUUUUAUUAAUAUCUCCAUCUUAUUUCAUCAACCUAUUCCCUU